CCAGCCCAGCCUCCCUCCAGCAUGUGCAACACCAGCUGCUCCACAGGCUGCCAAGCUGCCUGCUGCGUGCCUAGGCCCUGCCAGGCAUCUUGCUGUGUGCCUGUGAGCUGCUGGCACACUGUGUGCAUGCCCGUGUGCUGCAGGCCCACUGUGUGUGUGCCCAUGAGCUGCAGGCCCACUGUGUGUGUGCCUGUAAACUGUAAGCCUGACGUGUGCAUGGCCCCCUCCUGCCAGUCCUCCGGGUGCUGCCAGCACUCCUGCCCCACCCUGCUCUUCAGACCUGUCUCCUGUAGCACCCCUUCCUGCUGCUGA